AAGUACACGGGGCGGGGCAGGUGUGAAUGCCGCCUCCCCCACAGGAAGGGGUAAGUGAGAGGCCCGGGGGCCGGAGCCUGCACCCCGCUGACUCCCCACACCAUGGAGGCGCCCUCGUCCCUGCUGCCGCUGCUGCUGCUGGCCCUGGGGGCCCUGAGGGCAGGAGGCAACACCUUUGAGACCCGCAUCAUCGGGGGGCGCGAGGCGGUGCCCCACUCCCGCCCGUACAUGGUCUCGCUGCAGAAGGCCGGUGCCCACCUGUGCGGGGGGGUCCUCGUGCACCCACAGUGGGUGCUGACAGCUGCCCACUGCCUGGCCCAGCCGUGAGUGACCCUGCCCUCUGCCCCACCCCCUCUGUCCCCCCAGGCGUCCCCGAAUCUAUCCCUCAGUCCCUCAUUCUCACCAGGGGGUGGGUCCUGAGAGAUUUAAGCCAAUCGUAGGGUCGUCAGGGGGUCCCCUCCCUCUCUGGUGACAUGCCAUAUGUGACAGGACGGAUUCCUGGGGAAGUUCACUAGCUACAAUGAAGCGCCUUCCAAAUGGACCUCUUGUGACACCCAGGAAUGUGCCUCCCACCUGUGGCCGUGGGAUAGAGCUGGCCUACAAGGGUGGGCAGAGCCGACACAGGAAGGAACCUGGGUCCCUGAUGCCACUGUGAGGCCACCAAAUAAACCCAUCCCGGAGCUGCCCUGCCUCUGGGUUGGCCAGUAAUAAAGACCCCAGAUCAACGUGGUUGAAAUCACCACAGGGCAUUCUUGGCUCAUGUAACUGAAAAGUCUAGGAGGCACGAGCUUCAGGCAUGGCUUGAUCCAGGUGCUCACACGAGGCACUCAGGAGCCCGCCUGUCUCUCAGCUCUGCCUGUUGCCCCUCGGCGGCACUAUCAGGAAGGCUCUCUCACGUGGUGGCAAGGAAGGGCCCUCUUAUGUCCUAUGGAAAGAUCUGGUUUUGCUAUAGUUCUGGCAAAGUUCUGAGGACGGGUACUGAUGGGCCCAGCCUAGGUCACGUGCCAGCCUCUGAACAGAUUGCUGUGGUUGAGGCACAACAUAUGCACCGGGCGAGGCUGGAGCCUGCGAGGAGGGGAGCCCUAGGCUGGGGGGUCGGCAUUUUUGGACACACACAGCCCCCUCCUCUGGCCGGGGCUGGGCUGGAGUCUGGGGCAGAGGCGGGAGCAGGGAGGGCUUCCCAGAGGAAGCGGACAGAGAAG